UGGAAAGUACGAUUUUGAAGCUUUUCUUCAUGGACUGUUAUUCGAGACAGACUGGGAAGGAACAAUGGAAAGCACUCAAUUCAUGAAUGCCGUGUUCUUUAAAUUCAAGACUUGCACACACUAUACUUCACAUCCAAACACCAUCAAUUCACCAUCAUAUCGAAUAAUUAUACAUUUUUGGGCUCUUAUUUUUCACAUAAGCUUUGCAUAUAAUACCUUUGCACUCAGUUGCAUCCAGAACUCCCCAACAGUCGAAAUAUGUCGGAGCAAGUUGCCGUAGAACCGUUCAUAUAUUUCAUCGAAAGAUUUCGCGCCGCGAUGGUGGCUCUGCUGCAAGGAAUCCUUCCACCAGACUAUCUUUUGGAAUCUGUGGAUAAAAUCAUAUGGCACGCACUUAGAGAGAACAAGCAGGAUUAUACCAGUAUUGUGUUGCAGGCAGUAUUCCAGACCAUAGGUGUUUCCCAGGAGCAGAAAAAUAGGUUUAUUCGGCAUGCAGGAUGGGCCAACCAUAUGUGGAACGUGAAUGGCACAUACCAUAACUUUCACGAAGUUGUUAAAUUUCCACCCACCAAGCCCAUUUAUCAAAGCAAUUCAUGGCACCAAAGGCGAGAAGAUUCUUUGGAAAACUGGACGAGACCUUGUGCUGUUCAGCAUAACAACAUCGAGCAAAGACAAUCAGUAUAUCUCUCCAACACUGUUCCACAAUCACAUAACAGCUAUUUGGAAACGGGGAAAUAUCCAAAGCACGUUCACUGCGCAGCCACACCGGAUGUUGCAGAGAUGUAUGUUUUAGAGACUCCCGCAUCAGAUUCAUCGAGCCUUCUAUCCCAUACGAUUGAAUUGAGCGUGUCAAGACAAACACGUGAGCAGGAUGGAUUGAAACAGACAAGUGAGCUCAGGCGAAGUCUCCAGCGAGGAAUACUCAAAGAACCCCACUGUUCUGUACAGUGGAUAGAAACGCCAAGCACGAAGGAAUCUAGCAAUUUCUUGAACCGUGACCAUAAUAGACUUCUUAAGACAGUUGAUCAUGCUAAGUCUCGAAAGGAUUCAGUUCUGCAACAAGAGCAAAUAUUACCCAAUGACUUCCCCAAUGACCUGGGCAAUUCCUCAGGGAUAAUCGAUCCACAUCUCAUAUUCCUUGACGUCCAAUGUAAAGGGCCUAAAUCAAUACGAGUUAACGGUCGUACAUAGCUUUGGUUGCCGCAGACAUGGUGCAUCGACUUAUCCAAAUUAUAAGGCACCAACACAUAUAUUUCUCGGCAAUCAAUGAAAGAUUUACAGCCCUGAAUCAUUUUUAUUCCACAUCACACCUUGUUAACAGGUUCCGGAUCCUCCAUUGCUAAGGCCUCCAAGACCACCUUUUCUCGACAACCAUGUCGUUCAUCUUCGUCCAUGCCAGAUCCGUCCAUGUCAGAUCUGUCCACCUGGAAGAAUUUGAUCCUUACCAAGUGGAGCUGCUCAUGAGGCGUCACAGGCCUAUCAUGCAAACUACAGCAAUAUUUGAUGGAACAUAGAAAGGCUUUGGUUAUAUUCAUUUAAUGUCUGCUGUAAUAGGAGUGAUUGUUGAAUGGUGUUGGUUUCAUACUUAAAAGUUGGCACACCCCGUGGGAGGAAGCAUCGAGAUGUUUAUAUGGGGAUGUAUCAAUAAUCUUAAUUUUGUACAGUAGCUUUCGCAGGUGGAGUAUGAGCUU